UGAAGCGACUGCUGUCCAUGGGGUAUCUCCCCUUCGAAAAUCUCAACACUUUUCACCCUCCACAGUCCUUCAUCGCCGUCCUCGGACACACACACUCCCCAGAGUGGCGAUGGUGAUGGCCGCGAACUGGACGAAGGACGGCGGGCCUACAGAACGGAGAAUGAGAAGAAGGAGCAGGAAGACGCUGCCCUGGCAGAUUCAGGGAAGGUCAUUGAAGCAGCUGAAGAUAUUUGGGCUGAGGACACUCCUGAUUAACUCUUGCAGAGAUACCCAAGAGAAUCAUCAGCAAACAUCCUUACUUUCUGACUUUCUGAUAGAGGGAAGAUCAUUGAACCAGCUGAAGACCUUCAACAAACACAGACUUCUUCCUUUCAGCAGAGAGUGGCAGGAGCUGGGUGUAAGUGAGGUCGGGACCGGAGAGGUUGUUGGGAAGGUUGGAGGGAUCACACAUCCACUGAAUUCCAAGAUCACUUUCACCCGUGCCUGUUGGGUUGGAGAGAUCGUCUACUUCCUUCUUACUCUACAGUCUUUACAUCUCACAGCAGGACCUCGAGAUAAAGGUAGAUCAGAUAUGUCAAGUUUCUCUCUGUGGCAGUGUGAAGAUUUGAAAAUACUUGAAGAAAACAUCCUAGAUACUGCCAGACCUGUUGAGCUUCUCCAGCAACUUUUGUUUUUGUUCCAGGAUAAGACUUCUAGCAUGUGUUUUACGCUUUGUAAUAUUUCCAUAUUGCAUUUGUGACACUUCAUUAAUGUCAUUGUAAUGAAACUAUACAGAUCAAUUUAAGUCUUAAAAAAACUGUUAUAAUAUUUUGUUUUCAAGAAAAUAAAGUCUAUUAUUUCACAAGCUAUUAAUAUGAAUUAACCAACACCUAUUUUCUUAGCUGACCUCACCUCAUUACUACAUAAUGUGUAACAUUAACCCAUAUGUUUCAAAUAACAUUACUUUAUUUACAAAGUUUAAGUUCUGUUUUGUAUUUGAU